UACAGGGAUGACCAGAGACUGCGGACACAGUACAGGGAUGACCAGAGACUGCGGACACAGUACAGGGAUGACCAGAGACUGCGGACACAGUACAGGGAUGACCAGAGACUGCGGACACAGUACAGGGAUGACCAGAGACUGCGGACACAGUACAGGGAUGACCAGAGACUGCGGACACAGUACAGGGAUGACCAGAGACUGCGGACACAGUACAGGGAUGACCAGAGACUGCGGACACAGUACAGGGAUGACCAGAAACUGCGGACACGGGAUGACCAGAGACUGCAGACACAGUACA